ACUUACGCAAUUCCAAUAUCAGAAAGAGUAUGGACUCCUUAAACGAAAUCCUCGACAACCAGUCGCUCACUUGCCAAUUGGCCAAUGACACAAACGAUUUGAUUACUACAGCCUCAUCCGUAGCUGGCCGUCGUGAGGUCAACUUCAGCGUCAAUCAUCUGUCAUCGCCGAAUAAUACGACGCUUUUUGUUGGUAACCGCACCUCGUCGCCUCCGACAUCUGCACACAACGGUGCCGUAGAUAAGCAUAAUGUUGUGGCGCAUACAGUAGUGACAACCAGCGAUGGCACUAUCACCAACGUAGAGGGAGCCGGUCCAGUCGUAAUGGUACGAACUAUAAUUGAUGGUCUCAGCCAUAGUCCAGUACAUUCGACGUUUCAGGCAACAGCGCCUGCUUCCGCUCCAAAUCAUCACCUAGAUCAACACCCAAACAAUCAAUAUCAUGUAGAGACGUCCCAUGAGCAAUUGCUCCAAAUAGGAAAUGACCACCAACGUCAGCAAGACCAUCACCGCCAGCUCCCAGAGAAUCGUUUACAUGGCAGAAGUCCUGUCGAAUUUGUAGGCUCCAAUGUUACCCUAGAUGAGUUAGCUGUUGGCUCAUCACCCAACUCAAGUGAUGUAAAUAUUAUUGGUGUAAAGCAAGAGCAUAAGGAUGUGAUAUUGGAUACGAACGAAGUGUGUAAUAAUAGUAGUGGCAAGCGAAGAAGGGAAGAAACCAGCAAUUUGUUGGUCAGGGCACACUUACAUCAUGGCAGUAAUAGUGGGAGUUUAGAUGUGUCACACAUUGAUGUUAACGUCAGUGUAGAUGCGAUCGAUGAUCUUUCGUCGGAUACGGUUGAGGUGACCUUAAAUCAACAUCACCACCACCACGUUCAACAACAUCACCAACAACUGCUGCAACAUCACUAUAGUGGUAGCAACAGAAAGAGUGGAAAUUCAGCAGCACAGGACUCUCAACAUCAUGACCAUCAGCAACAUCUUGGCCAACUGGGUGGAUUGCACAAUCAACAUAAAAAUGCCCAAUAUUCUGUACAAGAAACACCCAGCCAUCAUCACCAGACAUCCCAUCACGAAGUGUUAUCGGUGAUUGUGCAGCAGCAUGAAGAUUCCCGCGGCUCGGCUGCUCAGAUGCUCAGUCCUGAGCUGGGUGUGGUUGGGGACAGCUCAAUAGAACCGACCACGUACCAAACAUUGACGUCAGUAAAUGGACGCAUGUCUCCUCCAAGCUUUAGUCCGACGUCUUCAUAUGCCACUCUGACACCGCUACAACCCCUACCACCCAUUUCGACCAUGUCUGACAAAUUUGUGUAUGGCGGUCACAUAAACGGCGGCGGCGUGGGUGUCGGUGGCAAUGGCAUUGGUAGCAGUACAAGUAGUAAUAGUAAUUCUUCGUCGGGAGGUGUGGGACCAUUCGCAGCAAUGCCACAUCAAAACAGUUUGGGAGGGCUCAGUUUAAGUAGCCUUAGCAGCGUCCAGUCGCCAUACUCAUCAUACGACAAGCUGCCUUCGAUAGGUAUGCCAAUGUCACCACCGCACAAUUAUGUUACCCCGCCAUCGCACACACUCUCUGGGAUGGUGGUAGCAUGUGAACUUCAAACUGGAUCUCCGAGUCCGUGCGGUGCGCUUUCACCGCAGUCAGCCUAUAGUCAUUCUACAGAAUUGCAGUCACCUCCCCUUCCUACCUCCAAAACAGAGCACGGCGGGCUUACUGGCAGUGGCGGUAGAACAACUCUGCAAAUGCACCAAUCUGAAUCACAGAAGCAAGUUAUAUGCCUUUCGCCACGCGUCACGAUGGGUAAUGGUACUGUUGUUAGGGAGAAUGUUGUUGUUACUGGCUAUGAAUCACCAUAUGACCCCAAUCACAGAGAUAUUUUGGUAAAUACAACGCCGACGUCCUCUUCAACGUCUGGAGGACGAAGUUCUCACCUUCAAUUACCGCAUAGCCCCAUAUUGAGUCCGCACUCCGUAUCAGCUGGGUCGGUAUCAUUAAAUUCACCAGGUAGCUGCAGUAUGGUUAAUCAAACGGUGUUAACGUUGCCACCCAUCAAUGGAGCAAUGGCAACCUUAUCUGCCGCCUCGCUUGGAAGUAGAGGUAUCGCAGAAAUUUCCCCAUUGCAUCGAGAUACUGUAGUAGUAUCACUUACCCCAUCGCCACCAUCUAGCGAUAUGGUGGAAACAGCCCCCACGCUAUCGGUUAUUCAUCAACCCACGGCUCAUACACAUCAUCAACAGCAACAACAAGUAGUCAUUGGUGCACAACAACAGCACCAACACCACAGCAAACACUCGCAUCCUGUCACUAGUGACUGCAGUCUCAAUGUUAGCCUGUCCAACAGCAGCAAUCUGCGCUUGACCAAUAUACACGAACGGCAAAAUAUGCUUGGUCACAACAAUAAUUUGUGCAAUAUUGUACAACAGCCACGGCAACAGUUUCAAAGCGACCAGCAACCACAUCAAUUGCAGAUAAAUAUCCAACACAUAACAAGCAGUAAUAAUGGUAGCAAUAGUUCUAGUGGAUCAAGUGGUGGUAACACCAUAGGUGGAAGUGUCGGUAGUAGCAGCAAUAGCAGCGGAGGUGCAAAUUCUGCUAGUGUCCUUACUGGCGGAAACGAUAUGGAGGAAAUUAAUACCAAAGAUCUGGCGCAGCGCAUAUCGGCUGAGCUGAAACGGUAUAGUAUCCCGCAGGCAAUAUUUGCUCAGCGAGUGCUUUGUCGUUCACAAGGUACACUUUCCGAUCUACUUCGCAAUCCAAAGCCAUGGUCAAAACUCAAAUCCGGGCGCGAGACUUUUCGUCGCAUGUACAAGUGGCUGCAAGAGCCCGAGUUUCAGCGAAUGUCGGCGCUUCGCAUGGCAGCAGCACAGAUGCCUCAACGCAGUAGUAUCAACGGAACGAAUGGUACGGUCACAAUUUCUUCUGGUGGUGGUAUUGUUAGCCCCUGUAGUGUUAGCAUUGGCAGCAAUUCCAAUGGCGGAGGCAGUUUGAGCGGAAACGGAGUGUGCCGCCGUAAAGAAGAGCCACAUAUAGAACAAAUGCCACAACCAAAAAAGCCGAGGCUUGUCUUCACAGACCUGCAGAGGCGAACACUCCAAGCAAUAUUCAAAGAAACAAAGAGGCCUUCAAAAGAGAUGCAAGUGACAAUUGCUCGUCAGCUAGGAUUAGAACCUACCACCGUUGGGAAUUUCUUCAUGAACGCUCGUCGCCGUUCCAUGGACAAAUGGCGUGACGAUGAUUCGAAAGGAGUGGGAAUGCAGCGUCAUGGAAGCGGUAGCGGAGGUAGUGGAAAUCGCUUUAGUAACAAUAAUAGCAAUGAUAACGAUAUCCAUCAUCACAACUAUCACCAUCAACAUCAUCAUGCACAGCAACAUCAGCAGUCAGCGAUCUCCCCAAGUAAUCACAAUCCAUUGGAUCUGGAUGAUGAUCCCGAAGUAGACUUAGAUCUCGGUCAUGAUGAUUUCGAUCUUGAAGGUGAACACGAUCAUGAUCCAGAUAAUGACGACAUGUUGUGACA